AUGCAAGCAGGUGCAACACCCCAGGAGCCACCGACAGCCGCUAUACCGGAUUCGGACUCACAAAGACUUUUUCAGUGCAGCACGUGCAAGAGAUCUUUCACCAGGGCAGAUCAUCUAACGCGACACGUUCGAGCGCAUACACGGCAGAAACCUUACAUUUGCCCUGUCUGCUCGAAGGGCUUUGCUAGGAUAGACCUGCUCAAGAGACACGUGACAAACCACAGUUCCGACUCUAAUGCCAAAAGACAAAAGCGAGAGAUCGCUCGCGACACUCGAGUGGUACAGGCAUGCGAGGCCUGCUCUCAAAGCCACUUACGCUGCGAAGACGAAAAGCCAUGCAGUCGUUGUAAAAAGAAGAACAUUGCUUGUCGAGUACCAGAGACCUUUACAGUAGAUGACAACGGAGUCGAGGAGCUCGAUGCCGUGCAUGCAGCGCAAGACCUACUUGACUUGUCAAACGGAUUCGACUACGGUUCUCCGGUACCGUUUCCUGACAGUACUCAAACUUCAACACCGCGCCUGAAUGAUGUCGGCAAAUCAGAACCAAGUUUCCAAUUACCAUCAAUACCAGUUGCGCAGAUGACAGUGCCGAAUGAUUUGCGACCGAAUGGGCGUGAGAGAUCAUCGACAACAUCCAAAGAAGCUAUGAACCAGCUAUACGCGGAGACUGGCGAUACAAUAUCAUCCUUCUUUGACAGCACAAUGUCGAACUUCGAUGAAACAACGAGUAUUGAUCCCUUUCUACCAGACUAUUUCCGAAAUAUGCCACCCUUAGAAUCUUUCCUCUCUGGUCAUGUAACUCCACGAGGUAUAAUGGACCUCAACUUCGAUAUGGAUGUCGGCCUUACGGACCUUGACCUUGGGUUACUGGAUCAGUACAAUUUCCAGAUACCCUUCACUGCCGGCACGCCUUCGACUGACGCCCAGGGACUUGAGCCACAACCUCUGGAAAAUGACAGCGCACCAGUGCGUACCGAGGCUUUCAAACAUAGUAUAUGGCGUUACCUGCCACGUCGAGAUAGGGACCACAGCGGGAUGGAGCAGACGAAUCUCGCCUUUCCAGAUUCUGACAAAGACCACAACCGCCGAGCGCACCUUCCGCAACGUCGCGCGAUUAACGAAAGACUGGGUCGUGUAAGCCGUGAUCGCCUGAUGGCUUUGGUCCUUGGCACAUGCAGUCCUGAGAACGUUAAGCGUAUAGCAUCUGCAUUUCCUAGUGUGGAGUUGCUCGACGGUCUCAUACAAAUCUUUUUGACAUCGCCAGCACUCGACGUCCAGUCUUGGUUUCAUCUCCCGACUCUUUCACUUGCAAAGCUAAGCCCAGAGCUGCUUGCCUGCAUAGUCUCAGCGGGUGCUGCAUCGACGCCGGACGUCCCGUUGCGAAAGCUUGGGUUUGCUCUGCACGAAGCCGCUCGCAUGGGUCAGUCAAAGUCAUUUGAAGAGGACAAUUCUGCGAUUAGAGACCUGCAGCAUGUAACGACUUUCCUCUUACAGCUCGUAGUCGGCAUGUGGAGCGGCGUGAGCCGGAAGAUGGAAAUUGCAGAAAGCUUUCUCCAGCCACUAGUGACGAUGAUACGUCGAGGAGGGCGAUUGCGACAUUCGACGUGGAGGGACGUAGUUCCGCUUGCAGAAGACGACGGGCCGGCUCUAGAAGUCAAGUGGCAAGAGUGGGCACACCAAGAAUCGUACCUCCGGCUCAUUUAUCGAGUGUUCGAGCUGGACAGACAGUCAUCAAUGGCGCUACUCAAACCGCCGCUGAUGACCUACUCGGAGAUGCACCUACCCUUGCCCUGUUCGAAUCAUCUCUGGCUAGCAAAGUCUGCAGUCGCCUGGAAGGCCGCUUACCUGGAGAACGCAUGGCCCAUGACCAAACGCCCAUCAGCCAUCGACUGCUUUCUAGACCUUGACCAUCUCGCUCAACAUGAUAGCGCUAGUACAAUUUAUUUGCACAUGAUGUGGGGCAUGGUCUGGGAAUUCCGCCAGAUGAGCUCGCUUGGUGCAAGAUCACCCGCCAAAGGACAUGACAGUCUUAUCUUGUCGUCUCGCUACCAGGAGCUCACGAAACAGAUCGAAAACUUCCACGUCGGGAGCCCGCCAAUGACAAAAACUGCUGAAAUUACUAUGGAACUCAUGCUGUUACACCUCAACGCUCCUUUGGACGAUAUCCAACUCUUUGCUGGAAUCGAGGGUCAGCAAGAAGCGCGUUCCGCCUAUCCUUUGCUACGCGACUGGACCAAAACAGUUUCAGCCCGCCAGGCACUAUGGCAUGCUGGCCAGGUUCUUCGUGCAGCUGAGAGUCUGCCGAAGGGCCUGCUCUGCAACUUCAACGCGAUCGCAGUGUACCAUGCAGGGCUCAUUCUUUGGGGGUAUGGAUUCCUAAAGGGAUCUACCCCAGAGAAAUCGACGCCCGGCGAUACCUCGUAUGCUGCGGUGUUGCUUAACGGAGACGACACCCUUGACACGCGAAGAUUCAUAACCCUGGACCGGGGUGUCCCGUCGAUCAAAACUAUCAAGUCGCGUGACACAGUCCAGCUUACCAAUGUUGCUGCGGUCAUGGAUGGCUUAGUGCAGUUGCUACUGACACCAUACGAAUCCGUGGAAGGAUCCAGUCCGCCACUUGUUGGCAAUUUGGUGCAGUUGCUGGAAGGUCUACGACCAGAGACCAGAUAA